CCAACCACGACACAAUGAGUGAGGUCAAACCGCUGCCGCCGCUCCUACGCAUGCCUGCAGAUCUUUUCUGGGAGAUAGUCUCAUUUCUUGGCUGUCGUGAGCUCUACAAUGUGGCGCAGUCGUGCCAGCAACUGCGCGAUUACGGGGAAGAAGCCAGUAAGAGACUCUACGGCAGCAUGGUCAAGCAUCGGACGUUAGACUCCUCCUAUUUAUUCCUUUACUAUGAGGAGCAGACAGUGUUAUGUCGCGGACCUGGCGGCAUCGCGACGUCGAUCGACCAGAUUACCAUCGACGUGUAUACCAGCCAUUAUUCCAAAGACAAGAUCCCCAAUCGCGACCCGGACUGGUUUUUGAUAUCUUUACGGCGGUAUCCCCACCAAGACAAGGAUGAAUGGAGAGAAGCUGUGGCUGUAGCACUGCUGCGGAAGGGAAGAUUUGACGAAGCCAAACCCCACAUCAAACAGGUAAAUCCCGACUUCCUCCGCCGCAUCAUUGUAGCCGCAGCCAACUUUCGUGCACACGACUGCUUCAACGCUGCUAUGGACCGCCUUGGUUGGAGGCCGUCCGAACAAGUCAUGGACGAACUCUGCUACAGCAUCAUCGACCACACAAACGAGGAUUUUCUGGAACUCGUUGUCGAAAGGCUCAAAUCAGCACACGAUUUCCUCCUGCUUCGUCUUGCCGACUUCAUGGCAACACAGAGCCUCAACAUCAACCAGGGUGAAUCGUUUUCCUAUGCCCGCUGGCUUGAAGCUAGCCACGAGUACCUUGGUGAUGAGCCCGACUUGCAGUCAAUGGUCGGUCUGGCGAUCGCUUUCGAAUACCUCAUCAGUUCAGAUGAGCCAGCGCUCGAUGGCAUAUCUUCGCCACAAAUGAAUUUCGCGUGGCCCCUGAUCAGAAAGGCUCUCAGCAGCGAGCUAUGCAACCCCGAAUUCCGUAGAAGACCGAGCGGUGACUUGCUUGUCGACCUCUCUCGGCAGACGAAUUCCAAUACUGAUUCGGAUAUUUUGUACGGCCUACAAGUAGUACCAUCUAGAGGCUCACGGGAACAGACUGCCCCUGUUCUUUGCCGACACAAGGUAUUUACACCGAACUGGAGCCUGAGCGUGGAGUCGAACGUAAACGAACAAUUGCUCCUGCCGAAAGAUUUCAUAUCCUCGGAUCAUAGUGUCAAUGUUGAUGGCACUAUGUCCGAGAACCAGUUCAAUUAUACACUGACCUUUUCCGCCCUCCCUCCGCUCAAUGUCGCCGCGCCUGACUUGGAAGUUGGCGACAGAGGUGACGCCGUCAGCCGGCCGGCAGCCAGCAUCGCGCAACAAGUGGCCAAGGUCAUCGAUGCUGCGCUCGUAUUCUAG